AUGACAUCUCUGAGCGCAGUGGCAGCUGCCCGGCUCUUGAUUGCUCUGGUAGCUGCAGCUCUCUGCGGCCACCCUCUACUUGGGGUGAGUGCCACCUUGAACUCAGUGCUCCUCAAUUCCAACGCCAUCAAAAACCUACCCCCACCGCUGGGCGGCGCUGCAGGGCACCCAGGCUCCGCAGUCAGCGUGGCGCCUGGAAUUCUGUACGAGGGCGCCAACAAAUACCAGACCAUUGACAACUACCAGCCAUACCCGUGCGCGGAGGAUGAGGAGUGUGGCACGGACGAAUACUGCGCGAGUCCGGUCCGCGGAGGGGGAGCCGCCACGCAAAUCUGUCUCGCCUGUCGGAAGCGGCGGAAACGUUGCCUGCGCCACGCCAUGUGUUGCCCCGGGAAUUACUGCAAAAAUGGAAUAUGUAUGCCGUCUGAUCACAAUCAUUUCAAUCGUGGGGAAAUCGAGGAGACCGUUAUUGAAAGUUUUGGUAAUGAGCCCAGCACCUUGGAUGGAUACUCCAGGCGAACUACACAAUCUUCAAAAAUGUAUCAUACCAAAGGUCAAGAAGGCUCUGUCUGCCUCCGAUCAUCAGACUGUGCCACAGGGUUGUGUUGUGCUAGACACUUCUGGUCCAAGAUCUGUAAACCUGUCCUCAAAGAAGGUCAAGUGUGCACCAAGCACAGGAGAAAAGGUUCCCAUGGGCUGGAGAUAUUCCAGCGUUGUUACUGUGAAGAAGGUCUGUCUUGUCGGAUACAGAAAGAUCACCAUCAAGUCAGUAAUUCUUCUAGGCUUCACACCUGUCAGAGAUUCUAA